AUGUCCAAACCUUCACGACUGGUCAAACCCUCCAUGCAAUCCCGAAAGGAACCUCCAGGGAGCCACUCGCACAUGCUGGUAGUUGGGGAAAGGUUGAUGAGGGCUGGCAGUGAGGGCAACCUGCAGAGAUCCAGACCACCCCAGCAACAAAAGCAAUCUGACAUACAAGACAAAGCACCUAAAUUGGGAUCCAAUCAAGAGCCAGUGAAAAGCAUCCAGAGGCUGGGCUCUCCUGAGGAUGUGGACAGCCACAGCAGGAAGUUAAACAGCGCAGAAGAGAGUGAUCAGUCAGACCCCUUGUACCCCCGAACUGUGCCGAGAAGGCACACAGUAGGAGGGCCUCGCACUGCUGGAGACAUAAUCGUCAUGCAAUCCUACAGCAUGGACCACAAGAAAGAUGCCUUUCUUGAGCACCUGAAACAGAAGUAUCCCCAUCAUGCCUCCGUCAUCUUGGGCCAUCAGGAACGACUCAGAGAGCAGAUCAGGAGUUCUGCACACAGUUUAACCACCCAGCCGGCUGUAGGGGAGCCAGGGGAGCAUCUCUCUUUGUUUUCCCUCGACUCUUUGAAGGCCAUGUCGGAGGGAGAAACCCCCUCCGCUUUUACCCGAGGCAGCCACUCCCGAGCGAGCCUCCCUGUGGUCAAGUCAACCAACCAGACCAGGGACAGGUCAUUAGGUGUACUUUACCUGCAAUAUGGAGAAGAGACCAAACAGAUCAGAAUGCCCAACAAGGUUACGAGUACAGACACCAUCAGGGCCCUGUUUAUCAGUGCCUUCCCCCAGCACCUCACCAUGAAGACCCUGGAGUCUCCAAGUGUGGCCAUAUACAUCAAAGAUGACAUGAGGAAUAUGUACUAUGAGUUGACUGAUGUCAGGAACAUCACACCACAAUCUUGCCUGAAGGUGUAUCACAAAGAUCCAGCCCAGGCCUUCAAUCACAACGCAAGAGCCAAGAAUGGAGAUAUUAGGAUCACAAGAGAGAGGCUUUAUAGCAGUAGACAGCAACCGGGAGGACAAAGCCCAGUGCAUACUCUUCCAGGACCCCACAGUCCCAUCCACACAAUCCAAGGCUCCAUGUCUCCACCUACACCUCGUUCAGUGCCCUCCUCUCCAUCCAGGAUGCCCUACAGUCACUCUGUUUCCAUGCUGGGUGGUGCUACCUUACCUAGGGACCAUCUGUCCAGCGUUCCCCCAUGUCGCUCCAUCACACCUUGCCCCAGCGCCAUCCUGGAGCGGCGUGAUGUAAAACCAGAUGAUGAUCUGAGCAACAAAAGUGUUCCUCUGUAUGAAGAUAAUUACGCUCCAUCUGAGGCCAGGCUCAGUGUCGCUUCUUCUCAAGGCAGCCAUACUGGAGAUGUCCCAGAUGGGGUGGCAUAUAUCCAGCAUCGCUCCUCUAUCAAGUCUACUGGUGCUUACACAGAGGGUCAGGACCAGCAACACACCCUCUACAGACAGAAAUCUCGCAAGUACAGCGAAAGUCAGCUCACCGCCAUGGGCUCCAAAACUCUGCCUGCUUCCCCGCACAGGGUCAAUGAGGUCAGAAUGAUUGACAUGCACCCAGGCCAGAACUCCCACAUGUCCUCACAGGGAGUGGCAGUGGAGAGGGGGUCACCUGUUAAAAGGUCUUUCCGGAAGGACAGUAACGGAACCAUGGAGGUGGUGACCAGGGUGAGAGGCAACAUGGCCUCUCCUGUUUUUGCAGACCUCCCACCCGGACAUGGAGAGAGGCCAUUUCAUGGACACGUGUCAGCUGGAGAUCCUCAGGCUGAAAGAAUAAAAGCAAUGGAGCAGCAGAUAUCCAGUCUUACUGGACUUGUUCAGAAUGCUCUUUUCAAGGGGACGAAUACAAGUGCCAAAGAGACCUCCAGUGAGAAAUUUCCUGCUCAUAACAUAAAUAAUGGAGGAGUCUGUGCUGUAGCAUCAUCUAUAAACCCAGCUAUGUUGAUAGACACCCCUUCAACACAUGUUCAGGCCCCUUUCAGAGACCCUGCUGUAUGCUCCAUCCUCUCCACCUUCAGGAGAAAUGUCUCUGACCUAAGACUGCAACUCCACCAACUCAAACAGAUGCAGCUGCAGAACCAGGAGGCCAUGCAGCUGAUGCUGGGACAGGCAGAGCAGGAGAUCUCUGGAAAAGCUUCAGACACUCUCUUGCACCUUGAAGACCCUGUACAUAGACAAAGAAUCCAGGUGGAUGAAGAAAGGCACAGAUAUUUGGGAAUGGAGGAGAGGGUUCUCAUUCAGCUUGGAGAGCUGGAGAACUAUGUGGAGAAGCUCAAGCAAGAAUCCACCUCUGCCACAAGCCAUCGGCCAGUCACUCUGAAGGAUGUGGAGGAAGGGGCAGUCAAUCUACGUAAAGUAGGAGAAGCUUUGGCUGCUCUCAAAGGAGAGUUCCCAGCCCUGCAGAUGAAAAUGCAUGCAGUGUUGCAGGUGGAGGUGGAAGCUGUGCGCUUCCUGAAGGAGGAGCCUCACAAGAUGGACGGCAUGCUGAAGAGAGUCAAAGCUCUGACUGACACUCUCAGUGGACUGAGAAGAUAUGCUUCUGAGAGCCACACCCAUGCUUCUGACUCAGUCCAUGUGAAGGCAGUUACUGCUGAUUCAUUUACCUCUGUGGAGGAGUCUAGAUCUACCCAACCUGUUCGUGAUUCUCCCACCCCACAACCUAUAUCACCUGCCAAAAUUAGCUGCUCAGACCCCACGCCCUCAUCUCCUGGCACUGUGCACCAUGUUCGGAUGGCUCCUGUCAGCACACACCACCCCAACCCCCCACUCACACCCACCCACAACAGGGACUCCCCGACUGUGGCGAAGGUCAGCCCCAGCAGCAGAGAAAACAGCCCUGCCCUGCACAAGAGAGCAGCUCUGAAGGGCCAGGAAGCCCCAGUAGCAACUACUGCCAUCAGCACAACUGGAUCAUCCACACCUCUACUGCAAGCGGAGAUCACUGUCAACACAAGCAGGCCCAUGCCUGAAGAGGUUUCAGAAAGAACAGCAGAGAAGGAUGAGGGCACAACCAGGAUGGUUCACUCUGGUGGCACUGAAGUGGAAAAGGAAAUGGAUAGGAUCCUUCAGCAAACCCAGGCCAGCCUUAUGAAGGCCAUACCUAACUUGGAGUUGAGCAAUCAGGUGGAUAGCCCCCCCUCCAAACCACCCAACAUCCUGCCGGAAGAGGUGGAUGCUCCACUUCCUAUUCCUCCAGUCCCUGUUCAAACAGAAGUCACUCUGCUAGUUGGAUAUGAAGCAGACAAACCGGUCGAGACAAGUUUGGAGAGACCACAGAAGCCGGCCAUAGAGAAGCCCCACAGGACCAGUGUUGAACGAGUGAAGCCCAACCCGGAGACAGCUAGUAAAGUGCCUCCCCCUCCCCCUCCACGCAGAUUCUACCCCCCUGGAACUGGCCUCACCACUGGACGUUCAGGAGAGGUUAUCUACACCACCAGGAAAGAGUCCACUAGUGCUCAGGAGGGUGAAGAGGAGGCCCCACAGCAUAAACCCUUGCGUGUGCCCCCAGAGGUCAAGCCCAAGCCCCGCACCCCUCUCCCUGUCAACACCCUCACCUUACCCGAUGAAGGAGAUAAGAUUAUGGCUGAGCUACAGGUGUUUCAGAAGUUCACAUUUAAAGAUUUACACCCCAGAUUAAUUGUUGAUCUCACAACUCAUGAACCCUCAGACAGUGAGAUGGAACCUGGUGUGCUUUCCCUCUCUUACCACACAAAGCAGACCACCACUCACCCAUCUGAGGAAGGAUCACUAUCUGAAAGUAGGGAAGAUAGUGCAUCACCUAGCUCUGGGGUCAUAUAUUACAUCACUGGAACAGCAAUGACAUCAAGUGAGAGCACCUCUAGGGCACAAGACCAAAAGAAGUCUGAGGAAACGACUUGUCCUCCAAAUGUUGCAUCUGUGAAUGCUUCAGAUGACUUAUCUAUAAUUUCACUUAAUUCAGUCAAGGAGGCCCAAAGCAAGCUGAGUGAUACUCAGCAGGUGUCACCCGACCCAGUGAACUCUGGAAAAGAGGCAUCGCUCAUUAACCCCAUAGAGCAUAAGAAUGAAUUGAUUCGAAAGUCACUAAAACAGGUAGUACCCAAAAGCUCUGAGAAAUUCACACCUGCUGAGCAGAUAGAACAUACAUCUUCUGAGCAAGUGUCUGCACCUGUUCAGGAGAAGUCAUUAAAACAGGGACAACGUACAACCACUGUUCAAGUUACACUUGUUGGCAAGAGCCCUCACAAUGUUAAACCUCAGAUUCAUUCACCUUUUCAUCAGCCAAACACUGAUGCUUCAUGGUCAUCACAGCAGAAUGACAGUAAUGAAAAUGAGCAGCAAGCAAUAAUGAGGUCAUCCAGAGGUCAGGCAAGAUACAUAGAGGAGGCCAGUCUAAGCCCAGACCUCCCAGGAGAAGAAGGUCCUCCUCCACCAAAUAACAUUGCCUUCAGGAUUACUAAAACAAAAGUACAGGCUCUGUCGAAUGGAGAGUACCAACAGCUGGUCCACAGCAAGGGCAUGGACGUCCAGACUCUUAAAGUGGGUUCAGAACCAACUGUAUCUGCCCCGGAGGACUCUGGAUAUGAAAAGAAACCGGUUAUAAUCAUUUUUGAUGAGCCUAUGGAUAUUUGUCAGGCCUAUAAACGACUGUCCACAAUCUUUGAAUGUGAGGAAGAGCUUGAGAGGGUGCUGUCAGAAGAACGAAUCAAUGAAGAAAAUGAAGAGGAAAUGGAAACAAUCUCACAGAGUCAGGUUGAUGAGGUAACACCUAAAAAUUAUGUUGUAGACCCAUGCAGGACAGAGAACCAGGUAAACAAUCAGAGGACUAGUAGUGUUGGUAAUGCAGUGCCUCUACAACAGCAAAGCUCCUUUGUGAGUCCUUCUGUUGAUGUUGAGGAUGGAGACGACACAGAAUCUUCUAAUGGUACAAAACAAGAUUCAAAAAAGAAAUUCAAGUUUAAGUUCCCAAAGAAGCAGCUCGCAGCUAUCGGCCAGGCCCUUCGUACAGGGACUAAAACUGGCAAGAAGACGCUGCAGGUAGUUGUGUAUGAGGAUGAAGAGGAACCAGAUGGAACCGUGACCGGGCUCAAAGAAACCAAGAGGUUUGAGAUCAAGACCCAUGCAUACUCAAGUCCUCCCACACCUAGGUCUUCAAUGCAAAGCCAGACCGCCACAUUGCUGACCACCAAAGAAAGAACAGAGGAGCUCCGAAAGACCACAUAUCAAACGUUAGAUUGCCUUGAGCAGACCAUUAAGCAGCUAGAAAGCACUAUAAGCGACAUUGAGCCCGCAUUGUCAGCAAAUGUCUCCCGCAAAGACUCAAAGUCAAAGAGAAUUUCCAGUCUAGCAGAACCAGAGGCAGGCAGCCCCACCGAAAGGCCAGCUCCUCUGAAGCCAAAGCCCAACAUUUCUGCCCAACAUAAGAGGCCUAAAAUACAGUCUCGAUCCUCCUCAAGCACUUCUACCUCCUCCAGCUCCAGCAGUAAACAGAACUCUGGCGACUGCCCUGCUUCAAGUCGGAUUUCUUCACCCAAAUCGCGCCAGCAGCCUGGGAGUGUGGAAAAACCUGGAAAACCCGAGAAGAUCCAGGACUCCCAGAGGCAAUUCCGACAGGCUAACAGGAGUGCUAUGAAAGCUGGUGGGGAUAGUUAUUAUGUUUCCCUUGCUUUACCUGCUUCUAAGAUCCCAGCCUUUGUACAUAGCUCAACCCAUGUUCCUAAUACAAACAUGACUAGGCCUAGUAAUAAAACCUCUUCCUCUUUUAAGUCCUCUAUCCCAUGUCUCAGUCUGAGCUGGCCCAGCUGUAGACCCUUCAUGCCCUCAAAUGACUCUGUCCAAAGCCCUCGCCCCCCUUGGCAGACUAAAGGUCAAACCCUAACCCUUCCUUCACAGACUCAAAAUUGCUCCCUCUCCUCCUAUUCCUACGCAUCCUCUUCUAGCUCCUACUCAUCCUCUCCCUCUGUCUCUCCGAACUCCACUUCUUCCUCCUCCUCCCCUUCCUCUCCCUCCCUCCUGUCCCCCACUGCCAUGUGCCGGGGUGGCCGAGCUGUACACAUGCCCACAAGCGUCAGCAGCCACAGGUCUCUGAAGGCCAGCAGUGGCCAAGCCACUAUCGCACCAGCAUCCUUUACCGGGAAUAUGGCAUGAACUUAAAUUCUCUCAUUUUGUGUUUGCACUCCCAUUCCGGUGGGAUUUGAGGUGGGCAUCUCAAAUGCUGAAUUAGUUAUGCUGUGUAUUUGGGGUGGUAUUAUUUGUCUUUGUGCUCUACUUCUGAAAUCGUAGUAAUUCAGCAGCUUUGUAUUUAGAAACAAGAACAAAUUCAACAAAAUAGAUCUAGAGCCCCAUAUGGUGCUUCUAAUUUUUUAAUUUUUGUUCACGUGAGGGAUUACACUUGACAGUGUUGGCUUUAUGUUUUUAGAUGUACUUUUGAAAAUUAUUUGUUUACUUAUAUGAACUAUAUAAAAUAUACAAUGCUAUUUUAGAGAAAGGAUUUAAAUGAAUGCAGCAUAUUAUAGUAUAUUUUGUUUUAAUUAGCCAUAUACAAUGGGGUCCAAAAUUCUGAGACUGCAUUGAAAAUAACAAAGAUACUGUAUGAAGUAAAAUAAGGAAUACAUAUUUAAGAUUUGGCACUAUUUCUAGGUCACUAAACAAGUGUAAGCAAAUGUGUGUUGUUGACCAUGUUAAAUCCUUUGUACAGAAGGUCCACUGAAGCACACAAGAUGCUAUUUGGAUUGGAACAUUAUCCGAUCAUGUUGGGAUAUCAUGGAUCAUCCGGUUUUGCACAAACUUGUAGAGUACUGGGCAGCUCGAUUGUAUGCUGUCUUUAAAGCAAAAGGAGGACAUUCCAAAUACUAAAAAAUACUAAACUUCAUGUACAUUUUUCAAUUCAGCUUUCCACUUAAAUUGUUAUGCUGAUAAUACAAUUCAUAAUAAAAAUGUGUAUUCAAUUAGAAAAGAAUACGCAAGUCUGUCAAUAGUGGUCUUAGACUUUUAAACCCCUCUUUAUCCAAGAAAUGGUUGAACAGCUUGUGGUGACUGAUUUGACAGUUUGAGUACAUUUUAUCUGAAUUAGUUUUAUUUUUGCCUCCAGUGCACUGCCAGUUUUAACAAACUAAAUGCAGGCUACAGGCUUGCUAUUUAUAGUAUUUUGCCACACAACCAAAUGUUGUUUGUUGAAAGUCUUUACAUGACAUUAGAAACAAAUGUGUAUAUAGUGCGAGUGGAUGACAUACAUCUAAUGUAGUGAUUCUGUAGCCUAUCUUUGUUUGACACUUACACCAUUCUUCUAUUCCUUUAAAUAGAUGGUCAAAUGCCUAAAAUAAUCCUAUUUUACUUAGUAAUAGAUUAAAAAAAGAGGCUCAUAAAAUAUUGGCUUUGAAAAAAGAUGUCAUCUCGCCAAACGUUCCUCCUAUGCAUGCUUUUUCAUAUUUAAUCGUGGAGAGGAUAACGCAGUUAAAUUCUGUAAAUAUGAUCUCUGAUUUUGUAUAACUGUAUAACUUGUACAAAAUUUAUGUGGAAGAAAAUGCUUGUCAGAGAUUUUUAUCAAAUAAAGGGCUGCGUGUGUAUUGUCA